UCUCCUAAGGGCUAAAGUAAUGUAUAUAUUGAAUUGAUAAAUUUGUUAAACCCCUUCGAAACACAACACAGAAACCCAAAAAAUGAACCCCCAACAGCAGCCAUACCACCAGCCUGCUACUCUUGAAGAAGUGCGUACUCUUUGGAUUGGUGAUUUGCCAUAUUGGGCUGAUGAAUCUUAUCUCCAUAGCUGGUUUGCUACCACUGCUGAGGUGCUUUCAAUAAAAGUUAUCCGCAACAAAACCACUGGCCAACCAGAGGGCUAUGGGUUUGUGGAGUUUUCUUCCCAUGCAGUUGCUGAGCGGAUUUUGCAGUCGUAUAAUGGAACUCAAAUACCGGGGACAGAGCUAACUUUUAGGUUAAAUUGGGCAUCAUUUGGGAUUGGUGAGCGUCGUGAUGCUGGGCCAGAGCAUUCUAUAUUUGUUGGAGAUCUAGCACCUGAUGUAACAGAUUAUCUACUACAAGAGACUUUUCGUACUCACUACCCGUCCGUUAGAGGAGCGAAGGUUGUUACUGAUCCGAAUACUGGCCGUUCAAAGGGGUAUGGUUUUGUUAAAUUUGCUGAUGAGACAGAACAGAACCGUGCCAUGACUGAAAUGAAUGGGAUGUAUUGCUCAACUAGGCCGAUGCGCAUUAGUGCAGCAACACCAAAAAAGUCAAACACUAUCCAACCACAAUAUGCAGUAGCAAAAGCAGUAUAUCCGCCUGCCGUCGUUUAUCCUCCGAUAGUGCAGACUAUUCCUGUAGAUAAUGACUUGACUAAUACAACAGUUUAUGUUGGUAAUCUGGACCCUAACUUAACUGAGGAGGAACUGAGACAAGUAUUUUUGCAGUUUGGAGAAAUUGUUUAUGUCAAGAUCCCUGCUUCCAAGGGCUGUGGUUUUGUGCAGUUUGCUGCCAGGUCAUCUGCUGAAGAAGCAAUCCAGAGAAUGCAGGGUGCUGUGGUUGGUCAACAAGUUGUUCGUGUUUCUUGGGGUAGGAGUCCGACAGCUAAGCAGGACUCUGGUCUAUGGGGUCAGCCUGCUGAUCCGAGUCAAUGGAGUGCUUAUUAUGGCUAUGGACAAGGUUAUGAUGCCUAUGCUUAUGGAGCCACCCAGGAUCCUUCACAAUAUGCAUAUGGUGCAUAUGCUGGUUAUGCGCAAUACCCUCAACAGGCUGAAGGUGCUCAGGAUUUGUCUACAAUGACUGGCGCUCCUCCAGUAAUUGAACAAAGAGAAGAGCAGCGUGAUCCUUUGGCUAUGCCAGACGUUGACCGGCUAAAUAAUGCUUACCUUGCUGUCCAUGCAAGCACAAUCUUGGGCCGGCCAUUGUGGCAGAGGACUUCAUCGUUUUCACAAGUAUAGACUUCACCAUUACAGAGAUACUGUACCUGUUUGGAUUGAGUUCUCCAGUGUAUGUUUAUUGGUAACAAAGACUUGCCCAGCCUUCAAACUGCACGCUGCAUCUCAGUCUAACAUGCUUAAUGCUACUUUCUGGGUUCUCGCUCGAAAUUUUCCUUUAUUGGUUUCAUCUUAUUUCCAGUGUAAGUAUAGCCUUAGUUUUCUCAGGGAGUUAGGUGUCUUGCAGUUACUUAUUAGCUACACUUUGUAUGUUUUCUGUACUACUUUUCUCAAGAACCAAGAGAUAACUAUCUAUAUUUGUGUGUGUAUUUUCAUGUUGGAGACAUGGUGGAAGAAUGUAUUUUCAUGUUGGAUUUUUUUAGUUCAAA